AUGGCUACUGCAACGGCUUCCCGUACCUUCUCCAAGGCUGUCGCACGCAGCACAGCUUCAGCCACCUCGUCCCUGCGCCUCGCCGCCCGCACCCCAAGAUCCAAUGCUGCGGCAAAACAUUUCUUCCAGCAAUCCUCCCGACGCCACUACUCUUCUGAGUCGACCCCCAAAUCCUCAAACACCACCGCCAUCUAUGGCAGUGUAGCAGCUGCGGCCGCUCUCGCAGGAGGCUACUAUUACUUCGUCUCUCAAGACACGACCGGACCGGGCAAGACGAUUCGUCUCGAGAGUGCCCCCGAGGCUCUGAAAAAGGGCAGCGCAGGACAAUCCGCCGGCGUUUUCAAGCCCACGGCGGAAGAUUACCAGAAAGUCUACAACGCCAUUGCAAAGCAGCUGUGGGAGAAAGAUGAUUAUGACGAUGGCAGCUAUGGUCCGGUUCUCCUGCGUCUCGCAUGGCAUGCAUCAGGCACCUAUGAUGCAGCGACCGGCACCGGUGGGAGCAACGGCGCAACUAUGAGAUUUGCCCCCGAGUCCGAGCACGGUGCCAACGCCGGCCUGAAGAGCGCCCGUGACUUCCUCGAGCCCAUCAAGGCGCAAUUCCCCUGGAUUACAUACUCCGACCUGUGGACCCUUGCCGGUGUCUGUGCCGUCCAAGAGAUGAACGGCCCCAUUGUCCCUUGGAGACCCGGCCGACAGGACAGAGACGUCGCAUUCUGCACGCCGGACGGCCGCCUGCCCGACGCCUCCAAGGGUCAAGACCACAUCCGCGCGAUCUUCGGACGGAUGGGCUUCAACGAUCAAGAGAUGGUGGCGUUGUCCGGUGCCCACGCCUUGGGACGGUGCCACGCCGACCGCUCGGGCUUCGAUGGCCCUUGGACCUUCUCGCCGACCGUCUUCACCAACGACUACUUCCGCCUGCUGCUGGAGGAGAAAUGGGGCUGGCGAUCGUGGAAGGGGCCCAAGCAGUACGAGGACGCCACAACCAAGAGUCUGAUGAUGCUGCCCACCGACAUUGCCUUGAUCAAGGACCCCAUCUUCAAGGGGUGGGUGGAGAAAUACGCCCAGGACGGCGACCUGUUUUUCAAGGACUUUUCAGAUGUCUUGUGCAAGAUGUUCGAACUGGGCGUGCCCUUCCAGUCGAAGCCCGAGGAUAGGAUCCAGUUCAAGCCGACCAUCGACGAGUCAUGA